AUGUUGCAGGGGUAUCAUUGUGUUUUUUCCUCCUGCACCCUCGCAUCACCGAUUGUAAUGUCAUCGCGAACGUCCGCAGGGUCAGUAGAUUCGUGGCGGCUUCCAAUGUCCGCCAUGGACCUGCCGCUGGGAUCCACCAUCAGCGGCGUGCCACAACUUGCUAGUUCUUCCAGCGAGCGACCGUCGCGAAAGCGAAAGGCUACGGCGAGCACCUGGGCCCACGCCCGCGACCCCACCGGCUUAGAGCCCAGCCGCUGCGGUCGUAAAAAUGAAAAGAUUUACUAUUGCAGGUAUUGUAUAAAUCCAACAUACUCUACAAGUGUCUCAACGACGUUCCGAAAUCAUCUGUUCAAGGUUCAUGAUAUUGAGGUAGAGGCGGCAGAGCAUCCUGUCAAAAGGCAGCGCGAUCGCCUUAUUCAGGAUGCCUUCGCUAAGGCUGGGGAGGUGCACGCGGCAAAGAGGCUAGCUGGAGAGGAAGUCGUGUUAAGAGAUGCCGUUAACCCCAAGGCAGCACGCGAGGCACUAGUUCAGCUGGUCACGGUCCGCAACCUCUCCUACAACUGCAGCUCGUGGCCGGAGUUGCACGCGCUCAUAUCCGCAGUCAAUCCUAUGGCAGAUGAUGUCAUCAGUCUCUCGAACGGUUCUAUACAGAAGCUCGUCGCGAGUUCCUAUAGUGUUCAUAAAGAUAUCUUGCGGAGGAAGCUGCAGUCGACGCCGUGGAAGCUGCAUCUCUCCGCAGACGUUUGGUCGGCUCCAAACCAUAAAGCAUUCCUUGGAAUUUGCGUGCGCUUUGUCGAUCCAGAUGCAAAGGAGGCAUUGCAAGCGCUGCUAGCUUUGCCAGAGCUCUCGCGAAUGGCGGUGGACAUCCUAUCAGUGCCUGCCAUGUCCGCCGAGCCGGAGCGGGUGUUUUCCGGGGCAAGACGCACGAUUUCAUGGGACAGAUGCCAGCUAGGAGCGCAAACCAUUAAGAAGGGAGAGUGCAUGAAAAGUUGGAUCAAAAGCGGGAUAACAAAAGGAAAUUUAUUGGAUGGAUUGAAUGCGUUAGACGAGGAUGCGGGCGGCGGUGACAGCGGAGAAAAAGGCGAGCAUGCAGGAUGGGCGAGCCCCUUAACGGAAUCGAUCUAA